AUACUUAUCACUCAUUAACGAACACUUGUCCAAACACAAUGAUUGUUCAAAUAGUCGUACAUGAACAAGGUCCUUUAGCAAAAUGGGACUGAAAAAGAUAAUUUUUGUUAUUCUUUCAUUGUUAGUUGUUGUUUAUGUGGUUGUGCUCGGAUAUUACACACGCAGGUUGAAUAGUCAUACUAAUGCUGAAACAAUACCAUUCUAUACGGAUGUACUAAAACAACACGAGGAUUCUGUGAGGCUUUACAUAAAUAAUAGGCAGAAUAUGAAAACCAGCAAAUUGGGAACAUAUUUAUUCAAAAACGUGCCCACCAAUGUAUUGAAAAGUGGAGAAUCAAACAAUAAAACCUUUUCUAUAUUGAUAUGGAAGUACUGGGAUUGGCUCCAGAAUCGCCAUCUAUAUAACUAUCAGAAAAGAAAACAGGAUCCCUUUGAAGGAUGCAGUGUAAAUAAUUGUAUACUCACAGGCAAUGAUACGUUUCUAAUAACUGCAGAUGCGGUUGUUAUUCAUAUACAGAAAGGAGUGUUUCCUAAUAGAACGACACGAAAUCCAAAGCAGCGGUGGAUAUUCCUGAGUGACGAAUCGCCAAUCAAUGUGUUUUCAAUGGCAAGAGUUAAACCGCAAUUAUCCAAUUUGGCUGACAUGUUCAAUUGGUCAAUGACUUUUAGGAGUGAUGCAGAUGUGCCUGUUCCGUACGGGCGUACUGUACCGUUAUCAAGACCAUUAAUUCCUAAUGUAUCGUCCGAGUCCCUAGCUAAAUUGGUCCCCAAUUGGAAUAUCAAGCGACGUGAUAAAUUGGCUACAGUUCUGAUGUCCAACUGCGCUGUGUCCCGAAGGAUGCAAUAUUUAGAACAAUUGGAAAAGUAUCUUCCUCUCGAUGUUUUCGGAAAGUGUUCUAAAAAUAAUAAAAAUACGUGUCCGGGUCACUUCAAGUCAGAUUGCCCGGUAUUAUCACAGUACUUAUUUUACCUAGUUUUAGAAAAUUCUCAGUGUCGGGAAUAUUUAACAGAAAAGGUAUUCUAUAACGCCUUAGAUAAAGGCGCUAUUCCUGUGAUAAUGGGUGCUCCAUUAAGAGAUUGCGAAAGACUGCUUCCUCCAAACUCAUUUGUGCACGUAGAUAAUUUUGAGAGUCCGGAAAGUCUAGCUUCAUACAUAAUGCAUAUUAGUAGAAGUAACGACACACUACUAGAAUAUCAUAAAUGGAGAAAUAGUUUCGAGGUUGUCAAUGAACAUGGAUAUUUCGGCAGUAAAUCAUUCCAUUAUUGUCGGGUUUGUGAAGCUUUAAAUUACAACGAUGGCCGUGAAAAAGUAUACAACGAAAAGAUGCUACGAUAUUUCUUGGACGAUAAAGUCACAUGUUUGAAAUAAAUACGAUCUAUCUGC